UAAAGCGUCGUUGACGUUCUUUACAAUUCGCAAAAGUGGAAAGAAAAAGAAAAAUUAUGUAGACUUUUUGGCAAAAGAGAAAACUCCCAAGCGGAAGAAGAAGGCUGCAGCCAGUAAAAUGUCUGCAGUUUAUUCGCCGCAACCGCCGCCGCAGCAGCAGCAGCCACCGACGCAGCAUCCGCCGGGCACCGUGCAGUUGCCGCCGCCGCAGGCGCCGCCACAGCAACAGCAGCAACAAACACAACAGCAGCAGCAGCAACAACAACAACAACAGCCGCCUGGCAGUGGACAAGGGCCGCCAGGUGGCGUUGGAGUUGGACCAAUGGGACCCAUGGGUCCGAUGCAGCAGCGCGUUGGCCCCGGGCCAGUUGGUAAUCCCGUCGGCGGUGUCGGCGUCAUGAUGGGCACACCACCCAAUCCGAAUGCACAACGUGGCGGCGUUCCCACGCAGCAGGUGAACUCGGCACAAAUACAAAAAAUGCUGGACGAGAAUUGCGGACUCAUCCAAGCUAUACAGGACUUUCAAAACAUGGGCAAAUCACAGGAGUGCAUGAGCUACCACGUGGCGUUGCAUCGUAAUCUGGUCUACUUGGCACAACUUGCCGAUCCCCAAAUGAAUAUUGCCCAAAUUCUGCCACCGCCGCAGCUAUUGCAAACGCAGGCAAUGCAGCAGGGCAACCAACCACCGGCGCCACAUGGCAUGACAGGCGUGGGUGUGCCGCCGCCUGGACAGCAACAGCAGGUUCAGGGUCAACAGGGCGCACCGGGGCCGCCCCCGCCGGGCAGUGUCAUUCAGUCACAGAUGAUGCAACAUGCCGGAGAUGGUGGCGUUGGACCCGUACAAAUGCCUCCCUAUCCUGGCCAGCAGCAACAGCCUUCACAUCCGGGCAUGCCGCCCAACGCUCAACAGCAAUCUCAGCAACAACAACAGCAGCAGCAGCAGCAACAACAAGCCGGCCAAGUGCAGCAGGCGCCGCAAGUUAGCCAGGCUGGUCCCCAGCCGCAGGCCGCCUAUCGCAACGUACAGGCCGGCGCUGGCCAAGGGCCUCAGGUUGUGUCCAAUGCAGCACCCAAUCAGCAGCAGCAGCAGCGGCCAAACAACGGACCGCUGCCGCCCGGGCAGAGUCAGGCGCCGCCACCGCAACAGCAGCAACAACAGCAGCAGCCGCCCAACCAGCAACAGCAGCCGCAACAGGGUCCGGGGCUGGUGCCUCCACCGCAGGCACAGUACCGGGUCAGCUAUCAACAACAACAACAGCAGCAGCAACAGCACGGACACUAUCCGGGCUAUCCGCCGCAGUCGCAGCCACAGUACCAGCCUCAGAAUGCGUAUCCGUAUGGACCGCCCGGUCAAAGCUAUGGGCCACCACCGCCGCCACCAAAUGCUCAGGCUGCCUACCAUCAUGCUGGCAUGCCGCCCACAUCGACUGCAGCGGGUGCACAAGGAGUGGUGCAUGCCUAUCAGCCCAAUCCAAAUGCUGGCGGCGUGUCUGCCGGAGGUCAGCAGCAGCAAGCGCCGCCGCCGGGUGCAUAUCCACCACCACCACCCAGCCAGCAGGUGACACCAGGGCAGCAACCCCCACCGCCACCAACGCAAAUGUACGGGCCACCGCCAACAGCUGGCGGACAGUCGGGACCGCCGCCGCCUGGUCCUCCACAGAAUGUGCUGCCCAAUCAAUAUGGGCCGCCACCACCGCAAAAUGCUGGUGCUGUGGCACCCGGACCGCCACCAAUGGGCUAUGCAGGCUAUCCGCCGAAUCAGUACGGACAGGGGGGCACGCCCGGUGGACCGCCCGGCAACUAUGGACCGCCGCCCACUAGCCAAUCACAGUCCCCGUACCAGGCGUACCAGCAGGCAACCGGCGCGCCACCCGGCAGUUAUCCGGGUCAACCUGUGCCCGGUCCACCAAAUGCCCAGCAGCAGGUCAGCGUUGCGGGCACAAAUGCUGGACCGCCGCCACCGCCGGCUAGCUACAGCACAGCACCCAGCCAGACACCGCCGCCGCCACAGCAACAGCAGUCGGCGUCCAAUCAGCAACAGCAGCAAGCAGGCAAUCCGAAUGGACCCAAUACGCCGCAAUCGACGCCACCACCACCCACAUCUGUGGCAGGUGUGCCACCAAAUCAGCAGGCGCCAGGCGCGAGCGGUGCCCAGCAGCAACCGCAAUAUGCUCCACAACAGCAGCAGCAACAACAGCCACUGCAGCAACAACAACAACAGCAACAAGGACAGCCUGGCCAGCAGCUAAAUGCCGCUGUGUCUGGUGUAUCGCCACUGCCCACACAGCAGCAACCGACCUAUUCGACGCCACCCACUAGUGUGGCUGGCUAUGGAACACCACAGCAACAACAGCAACAACAACAACAACAGCAGCAGCAGCAACAACAACAACAGCAGCCACAAGGCGGUCCACCGCCGCAACAGGGCGGUCCACCGCCCGGCGGACCACCAAACUCAAAUGCGCCACCACAACCGAAUGGGGCAACACCACCAAUGGCACCCAAUCAAUAUCAGCCAGCGCCUGGCUCACAGCCAUACGGAGCACCACCACCACCGCCGCAGGGCUAUGGACCGCCGCCGCCAGGGAGCGCAUAUCCAGGACACGGUUACCAUCAGCCGCCGCAGGCAGGUGGCUAUGCGCAGUAUCCGCCGUCACAGGGCUAUCAGGGCUACAGGCCAGCCCCGGGCGGUGCACAGAUGCCACCACCGGGCGCACCACAAGGACCGCCGCCGGCAGGCGCAUAUGGCUACUAUGGUAGUCAGCCGCCACAGUGAGCAUUCGAUGUCAACGAUUUGCGCAGGCUGGAUAAAAAGGAUGACAAGAGCAGAACACGCGCCACGUAAUGUUCCUUCUUGCUCUAUCGCUACCUCUUUCCCUAUCUCUCUUUCUCUCUCACUGUCAUGCGCUAUCCAUCAGUUAUUUCCCUAUUAACAGUACUUGUCUCCUGCUUUUGCGAUAGAUGCGCAGGAAUUCGAAAGCAUAAAACAAAAUACUUCUUAACAUA